UAAAUUGCAACACCCACUCAAAAAAUCAGUACUGUAUUACUGGCAAAGGGAAGGGAGAAAAUCAUACUAUAUUUUUGUGGUUAUCUAACACACACACACACACACACACACACACACACACACACACACACCACCAGAAUAACUCCCUGCCUCGGCACUUUCUUCCAUAUAGAAUAGUAUAGCAUAGCACCCAUCAUUCUCACAUUUGCACUUUUCCCUUUCCGUUUCAUCUUCUUUCUGUCACCCAUUUUAGUGAAAGUUGUGGGGGUUAUUGAAGAUCUAUCUACCCAUGGAUUUCGAUACUAGCAGCACCGAGAUAUGGGAUUGGCAAUGUGGGGAAACUUUUCUUGAAGACAAUGAGAACUUUGGGCUGCAGCCUCAAACAGAUGUAUCAGGAUGUCUAUGGACUAGUGUAACUGAAAAUAAGGAAGAUAUUUCCUCCAUGUUUGAUGAUGAGACAACACCAGUAAAGGACUGUGGUGACUUGACUUUCAAUGUCAAGGAUGUUACACGCAAGAAAUUGGAGCAGUGCCCAGAACCUGCUAAAGUGGUAAAAAGACGCAGAAUGCUACAGUUUGACGCUGAGAUCCUGGAUGCUUCUGGUCCAAAUGAAGAUAUUGCGUUAACUUUCUUAAAAUCAAAGGAGAGGGAUGCAUAUUUUGAAGAAGCUAUAUGCGAUAUGUCAAACUGGUUGUCAGAAUGUGCAGAUGGUGCAACAUCUUCGGCACAUGAAGGCUUGGAUGAGUCAUCUGAAGAAUGGCUUACUGAUUGCUUUAAUGUUCCUGAAUUGCAGAUUGGUUCUGAGGAUAUGAGCACUUCUGGAGUAUCUGAUGUUCAAGCUGACACAAUGGGGGUUGUCAAUUCUCCGCCAGAAUGCGAGAUAACUAUGGUUAAAAGCAGUCCUGUUCCUACUCGUGGAAGCGUUGUUUUCAAAGGUAGGAAUUCAUACAUACAAACUCCCCAAAAAGGUGCAUCUUCUGUGGUGUACCCAUUUGGAUUUAUCAAACCCUGCAGCGUUCGAGGAGACAUGACUUUAAAAGAGAUCAACAAAAAAAUACACACUCCGCCACCAUCUAAAUCACAGCAAAGGAAAGAAGAUCCACCUUCUUAUCCGACGUCAGCUUUCUCCGGGAAGCCUGUCAUUGGCAAGACGAAAAUUCACACAGAGGGUGGAAGAGGCAGCAUUACUAUCAUGAGAACUAAAGGGUGAUCUUGAAAUGAUUUUUUCUUCGACAAACGUGAGCAUGGGAUUGCUCCAAAUUCCCUCCACAGUCCACAGAGCAACUUCAUGUUUUAGGUCUUCAGCACAUAAGUUGAGUUGUGAAUCAGUCUUUAUUAGGGGAGACAAUGGGGAUACUUGCUAGUGAAUCGGUCUCCCAUCAUUUUGGUAUCUCCAUGUAUAUUGGUUUGUUAGAUGAAUGGCUCCUAUCUUAUUUUGAUAAAUUAGCAAAUUCCUAAUCAAUUAGGCCAAUAUAAUUUUUGGAUACUUUUACUGUCAGGCAAUGUAAGCAUAAUGUUACUGGAUGCUAAAUAUGCAAUGUUAACUUAAGCAAGUCAUUUUGUA